AUGACCACCAUCCCAGGAUACGCUUUGCGGCCAAGCAGCUACUACACUACUGGAAGGAUCUUCGCAAUCCUUUGGCACGAAAACCGUGGAGUGUCGAACGGCCACGAGAAUGGGACCGUUAUUACCAGCGGCCCGAUUUUUACAGGGCGAUUCAACGAGCCGAUUCAUAGCUCCAUUCGCCGUAUGGUCGUCUUUAGUACCACCAGGAAUAAGUCACUGUGUUUCCCCAUAAGUACGUAUGGCAACCGUGGCGUCGCAAAGCCAAACGUGGACCCUUACACGCAUGCGAUCGUAUACCCGCGGGGCACGCCGCCAAUCCAAGCGGCCAACGAGCCACGUAUGGUUAAGGAACCUCUGGAAGUGGCCCUUGAGUUGCUGGAUGAAACGCUCAAUCCUAUGUCGAGAUUGGACUUUGGCAAAGUACACACUGUGGAGCAUAAUGUCAAAGUACUUCCAAUUGGAAGAAUAACAAGCAGAUCGAUGACGAGAUUUAUACAAUACACGAGAGACGAAAUGAGCAACUUGGUUUAA